AUGAAAAUGAGCUACAAAAAACCGCCAUUGGAUUUAUUUGAGGUGGAAGGAGCAUACGCUGCAUCUGUUUGCUCAAGCGGCGCCAUACCCCAGAAAUUCUUGAUCGCGCCAAUUUACAAAGAUAUAUCCAAAGCCAAUACUAAUAAAAUAAUUAUUUCACCGCCAUUUUGUUCUAAAAGAUUCUUAACCCUAGAUGAAAUCCAGGAGUUGAUUUGUUAUAACUUUGUAAAACGAGGAAUUUUUUACGCAGAUGAAGCUCUGUACAAUGAGAAAUUGUUUUUAUAUGACAAGUUAAUUUACCAAAUAUUUCACACAAUUAACUAUGUCUAUUCGUUAAACAAAAAUAAACCCCAAUUUGAAGUACAUCCUCUGUUUAAUUGGAGGGAGAGCAUUCCAUUAAACACACCAAAGUCUAUAUGCAAGUUGAUCGAGGAAAUGUCAAAUAACAAAACAUAUCAAGCUUCAUGUUGCAAAGUAGCCAUGCUAUACGAAUUCAUGGAUCAAUUACAAAUCGAUAAGUUCACAAAAAUGUGCAAAAAUUAUCGUCAACAUGUUCUAGACAAUCUCUACAAUGAAGUAUACAAUGAGGUUAUGCAUUCACUUGGAUUAUCAGCACUAACUUCCAAGACGCUCAAACACAUUCAAAUACGAUCCAAUAUUAGUAAUUAUGAGAAGGAAGAAUUGGACAAAUCCCAAUUUCCAAUUUUAAGUCUUGCACAUGGGACUAGGAGGUACAAGUUAGUUGAUUGGGAAAAGGUUAUAAAGGCAAGAUUGUUCACAGCUAGAUUGGGACGUUUCAGAAAGAGACAUGGCCUUAAAGUUAACAGAUACUUUAAGGAGAAAGAGUUUAUGCUACGAGGGCAUUUAAAGUCAAAGCAAUGUGUGAUGGAUGGAUGGAUUAAGGAAAGUAGUAAGAAAUUGCAUACUUACUAUCGCAAGGCAAAAAAUGGCAAAGUAUCAAUAAAAUUGAGGUGCAAAUUGCCUGUAGAAUUUAUUAAAAUAGCAUGCAUACUAAGAGAAUGCGAUUUUGCCAACGAAUGGGUACCAUUUCUAACUGAUAGCAAAUUGCUUGGUUAUCAAUCAAAGGGCUGCUAUGUCAUAUACCACAAGUACAAUUACCCAGUAAUAGGCAUUCACGAUAUGCUUUUAUAUUUUAUAGGCGUAAAUGCGAUGGAGGAGGCUAAUUCAUUGCUUUUCAUAUCAUCAUCGCCACCUGAAACAUUAAAUGAAGCAGAACACGUUAAAAAUAUGCUAUUAAAGAAAUACAAAAUUCCGGACGCUUCCUCUGUGUUACAAUACAGGAAGGAGGGAAAUAUAUUUUUGGAUGCUGAUUUUAGUAAGAUCAAGCAGACUAAUAAGAAACAAAAGGCGGCGACAAUAUUUUUCAGUCUGUAUCCUAUUUACGGCGGCAAGUAUACAAUUAUGGAAAUCAAUGCAAAUGUGAUAUCUUGUAACCCAUUAACUCCAAUAAAACUAGUGUCGUAUAUCACGUUGAAGGUUGCCAAGGGAAUUGUAAAGGGAAUAUACAAGUUAUCAAAAAAAUUUUCUGGCACCAAAUUUGAAAAAAGGAUGAUCGACAAUAGUGAAUAUUACAUUUGGUGUGGAAACAUAUUGAGGGACUCCAUGGGCAGUUUUCCCCCUGGUCUAGUGGAAGAAGACCCACAAAAUUCCAAAAUUGAUAUUGUAGAACAGCGUUUAACUGCCACUAAAGCUGAUAUUUCGGCUUAUGUUGAUAUUGAGGACAUAAGCGUAAUAACAUAUGAUGAGAAUUGA